CUGAAUCACUUCUUUAACCGUUUGAUCAAGAUUUAUCAUUCAUAUUGUCUGUAUUCCUUUCUAUCAAAAUUCGAUACGGAGCCGGUUGACGUGAAACUAUGGCAGAUAGCGACGCGUCCCAGCCGUUACUUGGCUCUGAACCAACACACCGUAACGCUCCAGAUGAUGGGCAGCAUGAGACAGACCAUCCUGGCCACUCUCCACCAAACAGUGGCUUUGCUCAAUACCACAGGGUUUUACAAGAGUUCUUAUGCUCAAGAGGGAAGCAUUACAUUGUAAUGGGAGCCGUGGCGCUGGACGUCAUGACCCUGUUAGCCAACAUCUUCAUCCAGCUCAUCGCCUGUGAAAUGCAUCAGGCAGAUGAGCCUUGGGUUAAACGUCUUGUACGUUAUAUCGAAGAUGUGGGUUUACUAUUCAGUUCCCUUUUCAUGGUUGAACUGAUUGCUUGUUUGGCUUGUUUCGGAUUUGGAUAUCUGAGAUCCGGAUUCCAUUUAUUUGAUUCCAUCGUUAUUGUCUUGAGUUUUAUAAUCGAUGUUACGGCCCAUGGACUAGCGGAAUCUAUUGGAUCGCUCGUGGUAAUCCUUCGUCUCUGGCGCCUAGCAAAAAUCUCAGAAGAAAUCAUGCUAGGUGCAACAGAGAGGAUGGAGAUGCUAGAGCAGCAUGUGUACGACGUGGAAGCUGAAAAUAAAGAACUACGUCUUCAGCUGGGACUUAGAGCACAAGAUGGCACCGCAGAUGCCCAAGAAUGAGAAGUUGCCAGAAAAGCUGUGUGAACCAGAAAUAUUGGUAUCAAUUAAAUAUACACAUUGAAUAUGUCUAUAUACCCUAAUAACUAGAUGCCAAUAUGGAUAUUCGCGACUGGGUAGUCGCUUUCUACUAUAGGAGAAAAACGACAAAAAAAGUUCAAACCGCAGGAUGAGACCUCCUGAUAACUCCGCAAAAUGCUAAAUGCUCAUGAUUGCCCAUCAUGCUCCGUCCAGAUCCAUCCAUUCUAUUCGUCAUGUUCUUGAAAAUAAGAGGUAAGCGGCUGCUUCAUAAGAUAGAGCCGGCUUAGGAUAUGAAACGCCAUUACGCAUGUCUGCCUCGCUUGCCGUUGCCAGGGAAGACAUCCUUUCCGAGGCAUCCGCCAAAAAAGUCGUCGAAAUCCAUGCGUCGCUUAGCACCUGCACCGCGGCCUAGAGCGCCCGCAGGUCGCUUUGAAGAGUUGCCGCUGAAGAGAGCCUUUGCUCUUGAUGCAAGUUGUGCCGGGUCGUGAGUUAACGGGUCGGAGAGGUCGAGAGUAGCAAUGUUAGGGUAAGGAUGUGAGGAUUCGAAAGUAAAAUUUUCUUGUGAUGGAACCGUGUAAGAGUAUGGCUCUUCCACGUCAGCCGGCGAGGAGCUAUUGGGGGAUUCUGCGCGGGUGAGGGCAGGAGUUUGGGGUUCAAGCUGCGAUCGUGCCAUUUCGGGAGAAGCGUGUCGGUCUGUCUUUUCCGCGUCGUCUUCGCUUUCCGUGUGUUGGUAUGUUGCAUUUCGCCCGUUUAGUCGUUCAGUUGCCCAUCGUCGUAUUCUCCAGCCUUCGCCAUCGCAAAGACCGAUAUCUUCCUUAUCGAGGAACGACAAGAGGUCCUCGAUGCAGUCUUGGUAUCCCUCUGACCGUGCCCUGGAUUCCGCCAGUGCCGAGGUCUUGUAUAGUUUGGUGACGGACAAGGCUGCUGCCUUGAAAACAUCGAGGAGUUGCUCUGGUGAGUCGUGAUGUGCCAUUUGUUUACUGCUGGAGGCGGGGUUGGAUCCGGAGCCUCUGGUCGAGUCCAUGGCGUGGACAAGUAUGGGGAUGGCAAAUAUUAAUAGUAAUAAUGCGUGUCUCCUAGGAGGUAAUUUAAAGUGGCGUAGCUGGUGCGCGAUGAUAGGAAGUUGUUACGUCGGGGGUCGUGAAGGAAUGCGGCAUCAGGUCUCAGUUGACACGGUCGGGAGUCGGUCGACGCGAGCAAGGGGUCCUUUUGUUGAGGCUAUGGUUUGAUAUUUAUGGUCAAGCAGCAGUCUAGUUGACAAGAUGGUGACUUGUACAACCUGACUUUGUAGCAAAUAGCCUCAACCGUGUCGAAGUUGUUCACUGAACGGUCCAAUAGGGUACACAACAAGCGCCGUGGGGGGAGAUGACUGUAAGGCUUUGCUUGGUUUUCCACGUGAUAGGAGGUCUCAAGUGGAUCACAGAGGCCAUCUGACUAGUUGUUGGGCGCCGGCUUUAGGAGAGCAUUACGUAGAGAACAGAGUGAUGAGUGUUUUGUACGAAAGUGCGUUAUUAAGAGGCAAUGGAUGAUAAAAUACGGAUAAAAACGAAUACAGGA